UUAGGCAAUCCACAUACGUCACUAGAAUCUUAGCCAAUACUAGCACGAUAAGCUUUUAAACCGCAGUAGCUGUUCAAGUUUUUAAAACAUUAUUAUCUCUGUUUGAGUUUCUGUUUCAUCGACUGAAGGGGUUCAAGUUAGUAAACUGUGAUUUAAAGCUGUGUUGUUUUUAAACGUAAAAUCUGCUCGAUGGGACCCGAAGAAAGGGAUUGGGUGGACGUGGCAAACAAUGUGUUGUUGAAAUGUCACAUUAACUUGAGGCUGGAAAGGAUCUCGGAGUGUGACGCAAAUGUGUUUGUGGCUUUGUAUGAGGCGAUCUUGGGAGAAAAAGUACCAGAUUAUGUAGUUGCUGAGCGUCAGGAAGAUGACAUCCACAAUGUGCAAUCUGUAAUUGACUCAUUGGCCUUAGACUACCUUCAGAUUAGUUUAUCUCACAUCACAGGUGAGAAUAUAGUGAGAGGAGAAAAAGAAUCUAUCAGAAACCUGUUGGAGAUUUUUGAUGGUCUGCUGGACUACCUCAUUGAGCAGCAGAGUGACGAGGAGCCCCAGCAUAAAGGGCUCAGUGGAAAGACCAGUGCUGCCAAUGCAUCUUAUCAGCAUCGAAAUCAGGACACAGACAAGAUGCAGUGUCAUCUCUUAACCAUUCAUUCUGCACUCCAGUCCAGUGAACAUUCCCUCCAUUCCUGGGAUGGAAAUGAAUUAAAGUCAACAGAGCUCAUCCGACUGGGGGAUUCUGCUCACAUGUUCAUGGCCAAACAAAAAGUAGUGUUGGCUGCUGUCCUUCCUCAAGUGGAAACCGUAGAAGACACAUUGAGUACCACCCUCCUGAAAGAACCUCUCUGGCCUGCCAUUCCUCUCCAGUCUCCCUACCAGACCACCACCCAGAGAUCCCUUCCCUCUGCUGACGAUGCUCCAUUUUCUGAAGACCAGACCAUACAGAAAUCAGAAAAUGUAUGUUACGAGAUUGUCUCAUCUGAUGGGUUUCAAAUCAAUAAGAAGUUGAACGUUCCUGUUACCAGUAAUUUCCUUGUGGAAACUGAGAAGUUUGAAUUAUGUCAAAGUGGAGUCGAUUCAGAAGAAUCUGAGCAUCAGGGAAAGGUGGACUUAACAGUUCCAAGGCAGAUUGUGUCCUGUACCCAGCCAGAUGGAUACAGAAAGGUAGAGGAAAAAGAAGAGAGAGAAGAAGAGCAAACUAACAGAUCACCAGGAAUUCAUGUCAUCCAUAGAGACAGGAGACAAGGUGUUGGGUUAAGCAGUAUAGACAGUUCUUUGUCUUUGCGUAGCCAGAAGAAUAAGGAGGCAGAGCAAGAACUACAUGAUAUGUCAGAAAAACUAUCUCGUCGUCUGGAGGAACUUGAUCUGAUGUUGAAGCGUGCUCUAAAUGAAAUUGGGGAGAUGUGUGAGCCAGGAGAGGAAGAUAAACAGUCUCAUCAUAGCGACAGCAUCAUGGAGUGUGUCAUUAAUAUGUCAAGUUCAUGUCAUUCCAGAGCUCAUACACACUCAUUGCCCCCCUUCCCUUCACCUGCACAGCACUCUAACCAGCAAGAUGUUCUAAUCAAAGACUCAUACAAUGCCAGUCACAGCCAGCAACCGCUCAGAAACACCCAGUUCACAGACUCAAUCUGUAAAGAUAGACUAGAGCCAUUAGUACUGCAGGAGCAAGCAGAUAUGACCGCUGAGAGACCCCAUGCUCAGAAAAUGGAGCCUGAAUACCACCAGGCAGUGUGUAGAGAAGCUCCUUCUGUUCACAGAUCCUGCACCAAGUCACCUUUCUCUCGAACCUCUGGAGCUAAACUCCAACAGACAGUCAGAAGAGAGACACAUUUGUUAAGAGUGAAGGACAACAAUCUUCUUCCCAUUCUGCUGGAAGAGUUUCCACAGGUGCAACUGUCUCCUCACACUUUGUCCCGCAUGUGGAAACAGCAACUCCAUCAGAUUGACCAGCUCAGCUCCUCCCAAAAUCAGAACAGGCAGACACAGUCCAAACUUUUAAAACAACUAGAAGAUGCUCAGAAAAGACAUGACAUGCUGGUGCAGAUAAUCCACAAAGAAAAGGAACACAACCGUCGCCUGAGAGAGUUCAGGGAGAGGAUCCAACAGCAGAAGUCAGCUCAGAAUAAGCUUAGAGAACAGAGACAACAGGUUGCUCGUGCUAAAAAAUAUUACAGCAUCUAUCAUACUCAGCUACGUUCCAGACUGAUGCAAGCAAAGACACAAGAAGAGCAAAAGCUCAAGCAGAUCUUUGAAGAAGGAUUGGAACUACAGAAGGCUCAUUUGAGAGAGCAGCGUGCAUAUACUAAAGAACUGCGUCAGGAGAAUUACCGCAAAUACAAAGAUGAGAUUGAGGCCAUGGAGAGCUACUACAGAGACCAGGGUGGUUCAAGGGAAGACAGGAUGCAUCUGUUGGUCACUUCAUUUUGGCCGUCCCAAGAUUUUGGAUCCAGUGUCUCCUCUAGACGCGUCUUAUUGGAAGAUUCCAGUCAGACCAGACAUACUUUCUCAUUAUAGAAUGGCUUGCACAGUUGAGAAGUUGUUGUUGUUGUUGUUGUUAUUUUCUUGUUUGUUUGUUUGUUUGUUUGUUUGUUUUGCAUUUUUGAGAUAAUUGGAUUGGAUUGUCACAUUUUUGAGAGUGACAGGAUCAGGACAGGAAGGUCCACAAGGUGGGAUUCGGACUUCGGACCCACCGAAGCGCAAAUGCGCCAUAUGUUUACGCGCUUCCCACGAUGCUAUCGAUGCUGAUGGAAAAAGUUGUCUUCUAAUAAGCAGGGCUUGAAUUGAGGGAGGAUGGCAUUCCCCUGUUGAAAAAAUUGACAAAAAGCAUCUACUCUGUAAAACCAUCAUCCCCCCCUUACCAUCCCCUUCAGAUUCCUAAUGAAAUAUAAAAAUUAUCUGCGUAUUUACAAACUAAUAAUGGUGAUUGGCUAGACAGAUAUAUUAUAAGGACAAUAUUGUAAGGAGCUGCACACAAGCUCAAACAAGUUUUCCCCAUUUUCAAGCUUGACUUUUGACGUAUUUAAACGGGUGGUUUCUUCAUUAGGGUGAUAGGGCGACGCACCACCAAAGUGUGAAAGAGAGGGAUUUUUUUUAAUAUCACAUUCUACCACAGUGUUACGCUGCUUGUCACUGUUCUACACUGUUCUGCUUCUGGAUAUAUACUCCAAUAAGUGCCAAGUCACAUAUGGAGUACUGGAGAGCAUUAUGUGGAGAGCUGCCCUUUAGAUCACCAUAUUCAACAAGUUCAUAAUGUUUUUAUUAGCUUUUUUCUUUUUCUUUUUGUUAUACUGGGAUAAAUCAUACUGGGAUGUAUGCUAAAAUUGUUGGCCCUAGAAAUAGGUAGAACGUAUUAUAUUUCCUUGAGAAUUUAAAGACAUUCCCCUGACAUAAUGUUUUGCUGUACGCGUGACAUACUUGAUAAUGCCAUCUCUCAUUGUCUAUCUGUCACUGACUUUGCAAAAUGCAAACAAAAACAGUCUUGAGACAAACUCUAAAGUCUUAAGCUAAAAGUAAGGGCGGAGUUGACCUCGUUGCUAUGGAUCAUGUCAGCAUGCUUAGUAACUAUGCACACAGUGAUUGGCUAAUGGGGAAGGGUCUCAUAUUCAUAGAAAUACUGAGUGCGAUAUUAUGUUGCCAUAUUUAAAUAAAGGUUUGAAAAUAAAAAUGUUACCAUGUUUAAAUAAAAAUUUUAAAAUGCAGGCUAAGUGUCACAAAUUAAACAAGUAUAUGCUCAGCUAAUUGUCAGUCUUUUACCUGUGUGCUUCUCGUAAACAAUUAGCAGAUAUGCAUAUAAACAUCCUUUUAAUUAACAGAGUAGAAUAACCACGCAAGAACAGCUGUUACUACUUACCCAACUUGUUAAUGAAAACAAAUAUAUAAUCAAAGGACAAUUUGGAGUGGGGAUAACCUCCGAAAACCAAAAAAGAUGCAUGGGAAAACGUGCAAAUAAGUGCAGCUUUUUUCUAAAAUGUUUAUGUUCCAAAGCAGAUUGCCACAACAGCCAUUUUAGCCCUGCUAAAAAAAACAGUAGAAACAGUCACAGAGUUUAUAAUGGUUUUACUGGUUAUAAUGUUAAAUGUACUGGUUUUAAUGGUAACUGUAAUAGUCUCUGUUGAUCUCCACAGGAAAUUGGUAGCCUUUUAUUGUUGGCUUGUCAAAACCACUAAAUCCUAAUAGAACAUCUCCCAAAACACACUACAGGAAACCCUUUUUUAAUAGUUAAAAAUUGGUGGUUUUGUUACUUGGUGUGUCCUUUUAUUUUACACCUUUAACCCUAUGAUUAUUCAGGUAGGGUAAGGAUAGUCAAAUCUAACCUAAACCAUAAAGUACUCACCCGCCCACAGGUCGAAGUCUUUCAGGAAUGACGUAGAAGACUCUUUGUGGUUGUUCUUGUUUGAGGCUCAGUUUGUAGUUAUAAGUAAAAACUCAAAGGAGGCACCAAUAAACUCAAAGGUCGCAACAAUAAAAUCUCUUUAUUUUAUUGGUUAUAAUACAAAGCAGUUAAAGGAAAAAUAAAACAAAAAAUCCUUGUGGUUUUAAACUUUCUCUUUACCCCUGUGUACCCUUUCAGUAAUCUUUGUGGUUAGUUGCAAACAUUAAGUUAAUGUGUUCUACAGUAUACACGCAGGAAGUCAUGCACUUUUAGCUCUACAUCAAUAUCAUUUGAAGAGGCAUAUAUUUCUCAAUAUAUCUCAUUAAAAUGAGAAGCAGAGUAGGCCUCCAAAUCAGCAUUUUUUUUUUUUUUUGGAUGUGUUAAUUGCCCAUUUAUUGUCUCUUUUUUUUCGAUUAACCCCAAACUCAGGCCUGGCGAGUCACUCUCCUGCAGAGUUUAGCUAGACCUUGAUUAGCUGGUUCAGUUGUGCUUAAUUGGGGUUGAAGCUAAUGCCAUCAGGAAGAUGGCCCUCCAGGACCGAGUUUGGACACCCCUGUAUUAACCGCAUCCUUGUUGUCUUCUGUCUGCCUUUAGCUAUGCUGGUGUAAAUUUCUUGUGCCAUUUUUCAUUUUUUCAUUACUUAUGUCAUAUAUCUUGUGCAUCAGCCCAUUUAUUACAAUUCUUGUAAUCAAUAAGUUAAAUUACAUUUUUUGUUGUUGUUGCUUCUCUCAUAAACUAAAUGGAGUGUUUUCUUUUGGAAAUACUUUGCUCUUUUUGACAGCGAUGUGUUGCUGUUUCUUUAAACCCUGUCAGUGAAGAUCUAGGCUGUAAAAACCACAUCAUAAGACACAAGAUUCAAUCGGAUCGCUAAUUAUCCACAUGGGUCACUGAUCCUUGGACCCUGAUGAUUACUGUUUAGGGCUGCGUUGUCAUUUUCACUUAUUUAGUGCUUUGAUUCAAAUUAUGUUGGCCCUGUAUUGUAGUUUAUACAAUGUGUCAAGUACUUUUUGUCCUG